AUGAUGCACCAUUCGGAAGGAAGGGUUCGUACAAUUUUGCUGCCGGAAAAUUUCUCUUCGUGGCAACGUUUGCAGCGCGUAACGGCCUAUGUUCAACGUUUCUUCGUCAAUCUCAGAAAGAAGAAAAAUAGAAAACCAUCGAUCGCCGGUCCGCUUACACAGGAAGAACUUUCUACGGCGGAGACGUUCCAAAUAAAGCGAGCACAGAAAGACGCCUACGGUGAAGAACUAGCGGUAUUAGCAGCGAGCAGACGGCUCCAUAAGAAGAAUCGCUUGUACAAACUGAACCCGUUCAUCGACGAUCUUGGUGUGAUGCGGAUUCACAGCCGUUUGGGAGAGUGCGACUUCGUAGAUGACAGUGACAAGUACCCUAUUGUGCUUCCUCGAGCUCAUCCAGCAACGCAUCUUAUCGUCGCUAACGUACAUCAACAUUAUCAUCAUCAGUACCACGAAGCAUGCGUUAACCUAGUGCGCAAAGAUUUCUACAUACCAAGAGUGCGUACAGUCUGCGAUCAGGUGCGCCGGAACUGCCAGUUGUGCAAGAUUCGCGGUGCAAUACCUGCACCACCUGCAAUGGGACCUCUUCCAAAAUCACGAGUGGCAGUCUUUGUACGCCCGUUCUCGUAUGUGGGUGUAGAUUUCUUCGGACCGUUCCUUGUCCUCGUCGGUCGGCAUCACGAGAAGCGCUGGGGUGUGAUUGUUACAUGUUUAACAACGCGGGCGAUACAUCUGGAACUGGCCGCUUCGUUGGACACUAGUUCUUGUAUCAUGGCUCUGAGGAACUGCUUCGCACGUCGUGGUACUCCUAUAGAAAUCAGGAGCGACCGGGGAACAAAUUUCGUCGGUGCGGAUAAAGAAUUGAAAGUUGCGGUGGCGGAGUUGGACCGAGACAAGUUAUUGACUGAAUUCACCACACCAACAACAUCAUGGCGAUUCAACCCUCCUGCGUCGCCGCAUAUGGGUGGCUGCUGGGAGCGUCUCAUCCAGUCGGUGAAAAAGGUCUUGGCCAGCGUUAAACCACAGCGAGUGCCUACAGAAGAGGUACUAAGAAGUUACUUGAUUCAAGUAGAGAAUGUCGUCAAUAGUAGACCACUGACGCACGUACCCGUGGACGAUUACUCCUCGCCGGCGCUUACCCCAAACCAUUUCUUGAUGGGGUCACCGGACGGAUCGAAGCCGCUUGUUCCGUACAAUGAUUGUCCGUUAACACUUCAAAGAUCGUGGAAAGCAUCGGAAGCUUUGGCGAACCGAUUCUGGCAACGGUGGGUGAUAGAAUAUUUACCCACAAUCACUCGUCGUACCAAGUGGUUCUACCCGGUUAAGCCAAUCGCGAUAGGCGAUAUAGUCGUAGUAGCUGAUCCCAGUCUGCCAAGGAACAGUUGGCCCAAAGGACGUGUGGUGUCGGUGAAGGCCUCCAAAGAUGGACAAGUUCGCUCGGCGGUUGUCCAAACUCCAUCUGGACUGUACGACAGGCCUGCAGUGAAAAUAGCUGUGCUGGAUGUAGGUGCAGACGGAAGUAAGGCAGACCAGGGUCCAAUUACUGCGGGGGACUGUUGCGUACACCAUACGGGCAACGCCGCACCUACUCCGGAGACUCAUUGA